AUGCUGCCUCGUAAGCUUAUUGAUGAAGCCAAGGAAUUCGUUAGUACUCUCAAACGUCAUCCGGAACUUCUCCAUUCCCCCGAGCUUAAAUUUCUGAGAGAUUAUUUAGAGAGCUUAGGCGCAACUAUCUCAUCACCCGAAAAACCGAAAACGCAUAACCCACCGAAAAAGGAAGCCGAUCAUGAAGAAAAGCCUGAAGUUUUUGAAGAACCAGAGAGUGAAGAGUCGGAAGUUGAAUUGGAUAUGACUGGUGUUAUCGAAGAGGAGUCCUGUGACCCCCAGCCAAUGGGCGAUGACACCGUAGAAGUCACUGAAGAAAUGGAAGCGAAAGCAUCCGAAAAGCGGUCUGAAGCUCAAGCAAAGUUCUCUGAAAAGGAGUACCAGGCUGCCGCUGAUCUUUACACUGAAUCUAUUUUAGCAGACCCUCGUCGUGCUGUUACCUUCGCCAAAAGGGCAGCUUGCUUUUAUGAGUUGAAGAAACCGAAAUCUGCUAUUCGCGAUUGUGAUCAGGCCAUCAAACUUAACCCCGAUUCAGCCGCCGCUUUCAAAUGGCGUGGUUUAGCCAAGAAGUCUCUUGGGCAAUUCGAAGGCGCUUACUAUGACCUUACAAACUCCCUUAAAAUUGAUUACGACGACGCAGUCAAUGAAGCCCUGAAAGCCGUUACACCUAAUUUUAAACGUAUCCACGAGCACAAGUUAAAGUGGGAUCGCAAACGAGAGGAAAGGAAAUUUAUGGAGCUGAAAAAGGCGCGUGCCGCUAGGCAGAGGGCCUAUGAGGAGUCGAAGAAGUCCGAAGAAAAGGGAGGAAUGCCUGCGGGUAUGCAAGACAUCUUUGGUCAACUCUUUUCCGAUCCCGAGAUGAUGGCUGCUAUGCAAGAUCCUGAGCUCCAAGCAGCUUUCAGUAAAGGCAUGUCUGACCCCAGCGCUUUUUCUGCUGCUGCUAGCAACCCUAAAUUUGCUAAUCUCAUGAAGAAGAUGCAAGAAAAGAUGGGAAUUCCUGAGGAAGCCGGUGAUAUUCCACAACCACCACCAUUUAGUGGUGGUGUUCCGUGUCCAAAUCCCCCGGGUGAAGACGAUUUGGAUUAG